CUGCAUCUCCUACAAGCGCAUUAUGUGCAGCUUGACUUCCUAGGCCGAGGAGGAACAGUGUUGUGUGCUGGGAGGGAACACCCAUACAUGCCGGCUUCUCUCGUUACGGUUAACCCACAUUGCUUCUGAGCCUCGAAUCGCUUCCCUGCUUUACCAGAAAGGAACGUUAGGUAUCUCUUCUCCAGCUUCUUUUUCAGCAAAGAGGUGAAGCAAGAUGAUAGCGGCACAGCUUCUGGCCUACUACUUCACUGAGCUGAAGGAUGACCAGGUCAAAAAGAUUGACAAAUAUUUGUACUCCAUGCGCUUCUCUGAUGAUACGCUGCGAGACAUCAUGGCCCGUUUCCGAAGGGAAAUGGAGAACGGACUGCACCGAGACACCAACCCGACAGCUACUGUUAAGAUGCUGCCCACCUUUGUAAGAUCAAUCCCUGAUGGAUCAGAAAAGGGAGAUUUUAUUGCUUUGGAUUUGGGUGGCUCUAAUUUCCGUAUACUGCGGGUAAAAGUGUCACACGAGAAAAAACAAACCGUGCAGAUGGAGAGUCAGAUAUAUGAGACUCCAGAAGAUAUCAUCCACGGCACCGGAACACGGCUGUUUGACCAUGUUGCAGAAUGCCUUGGAGACUUCAUGGAGAAACAAAAUAUUAAAGACAAGAAGCUUCCUGUGGGAUUCACAUUUUCAUUCCCGUGUGCUCAGACUAAAUUGGAUGAGGCCGUUUUGCUGACGUGGACCAAACGCUUCAAGACCAGCGGGGUUGAGGGAAUGGAUGUAGUUAAGCUUCUAAAUAAAGCCAUCAAAAAACGUGGGGACUAUGAAGCAGAUAUCAUGGCCGUUGUCAAUGACACUGUUGGAACCAUGAUGACCUGUGGCUUUGAUGACCAGCGCUGUGAAGUUGGCAUCAUCAUUGGUACCGGCACUAAUGCAUGUUACAUGGAGGAGCUGAGACACAUUGACCUGGUGGAGGGAGAUGAAGGCAGAAUGUGUAUCAACACUGAAUGGGGAGCAUUUGGAGAUGACGGAGCAUUGGAAGAUAUCCGAAAUGAGUUUGACAGGGAGAUUGAUCGUGGGUCUUUGAACCCUGGCAAGCAAUUAUUUGAGAAGAUGGUCAGUGGGAUGUACAUGGGUGAGCUGGUGAGACUGAUCCUGGUGAAAAUGGCAAAAGAAGGACUGCUGUUUGAGGGCCGCAUCACCCCAGAGCUGCUUACGAGGGGAACAAUUGAAACCAAGCAUGUUUCUGCUAUUGAGAAGAGCAAAGAGGGACUGACCAAAGCCAAGGAGAUUCUGACCCGCUUGGGCGUAGAGCCAUCUGAAGACGACUGCAUUGCUGUGCAGCACGUUUGCGCUAUUGUCUCUUUUCGCUCUGCUAAUCUGAUCGCUGCCACUCUGGGUGCAAUCCUCACAUGUCUGAAGGAAAAUAAGAAUGCCCCACGCCUCCGCACCACAGUGGGCAUUGAUGGUUCCCUCUACAAGAUGCAUCCACAAUAUUCCCGACGUCUGCACAAGACUGUGCGCCGACUGAUACCUGAAUCUGAUGUUCGCUUCUUGCUUUCUGAGAGUGGAAGUGGCAAGGGUGCUGCUAUGGUAACAGCCUGGGCUUACCGAUUGGCCGAUCAGACACGUCAGAUUGCUGAGACGCUGGCAGAGUUCCGACUGACCAAAGAUCAGCUGCUGGAGGUGAAAAAGAGAAUGAGAACUGAGAUCCAGAACGGACUGAGCAAGAAAACCCAAAGCACAGCCACGGUGAGGAUGCUGCCCACCUAUGUGCGGAGCACCCCAGAUGGAUCAGAAAAUGGAGACUUCUUGGCUUUGGAUCUUGGAGGUACAAACUUCAGGGUGCUGCUGGUUAAGAUUCGGAGCGGCAAGAAACGAACUGUGGAGAUGCAUAAUAAAAUCUACGCCAUUCCCAUAGAAGUAAUGCAGGGAACUGGAGAGGAGCUCUUUGAUCACAUUGUGGCCUGUGUAUCUGACUUCCUGGAUUACAUGGGAAUGAAGAACGCUCGCCUGCCUAUGGGCUUCACCUUCUCCUUCCCCUGCAGACAGACCAGUCUAGAUGCGGGAAUUUUGGUAAAUUGGACAAAGGGCUUCAAAGCCACAGAAUGUGAAGGAGAAGAUGUUGUCAGUCUCCUGAGAGAGGGGAUCAAAAGGAGAGAGGAGUUUGAUUUGGACGUGGUGGCCAUAGUAAAUGACACCGUGGGUACAAUGAUGACCUGUGCAUAUGAGGAACCCACUUGUGAGGUUGGGCUUAUCGCAGGAACGGGCAGCAACGCCUGCUACAUGGAGGAGACACGGAACAUUGAGACAGUUGAUGGAGAUGAAGGCAGGAUGUGUGUGAACAUGGAGUGGGGAGCGUUUGGUGACAACGGUUGCCUGGAUGACAUCAGGACUCAGUAUGACAAUAAUGUGGAUGAUCUUUCUCUCAAUUGCGGCAAACAAAAGUAUGAGAAGAUGUGCAGUGGUAUGUACCUGGGUGAAAUUGUACGGAACAUCUUGAUUGACCUGACAAAGCGUGGCUUUCUCUUCAGAGGUCAGAUCUCAGAGACGCUGAAGACUAGGGGUAUUUUCGAAACCAAAUUCCUUUCCCAAAUUGAGAGUGACCGCUUGGCGCUACUGCAGGUGAGGGGUAUUCUGCAGCAGCUGGGUCUGGACAGCACAUGUGAUGACAGUAUAAUCGUCAAGGAGGUGUGUGAAGCUGUUUCUCGCAGGGCAGCUCAGCUCUGUGGAGCUGGUAUGGCUGCCGUCGUGGACAAAAUCCGGGAGAACCGUAGCCUGGACCAUCUGGACAUCACUGUUGGGGUGGAUGGCACUCUUUAUAAGCUUCAUCCACAUUUCUCACGGAUAAUGAUUCAGACUGUGAAGGAGCUAGCCCCCAACUGCAACGUCACCUUUCUCCUCUCAGAAGACGGAAGCGGUAAAGGAGCUGCCCUGAUCACAGCGGUCGGGUGCCGUAUCCGUCAACAAGAACAAAAGAGCUGAACCCAGCCCAGAACAAAGCCUUUAGCUCCUUCAUCGGCUCUCUCGAAGCCUCUAUGCGCAGCUGUGACUUCGCUCUCCUCCAAAAUCUAUUAGAUCAUCCCCAGAGCUGAGAUUUAACGCCUUUUUGCUUUCUAUUCUGCACUCCUUUCCCACGUACAUGUUAAUGUCAGCCUUUCUGUGUGUGUGUGUGUGUGUGUGUGUGUCUGUGUGUACGUGUGUGUGUGUGCAAAUGUAUGUUAUUAGUGGCAGGUCUCUGCCCACCCGAGAUGUUCUAUAAUAUGUUAAACUGUUGUUAAAGUAUUUAUGGAUGUAUAUUGGAAAAAGGGAAGAAAUGUAAACGCAAACAUUACAAACAUUAAAAGUUAAGAUAUUUGACCAAUUAUAUGAAGAUGUUAUUUAUUUUAUUUUUCUAUUUGAUGGGUGCAUUGUAACAUGAUGGAACUGAUGGAGAUGGAUUCCUGAGAAAAAGAAAGUAUUUUACUGUAGUAAUUGAUGAGAUUAUGCCAAGCUAAUUUCAAACUUUUAUGUAUCGCCCUUUGUUUGUGGUGUGAAUAUGGAGAACUGUGUAAUGAUUGCAAACAACAACAUUCUCCCCAUGGUUUUAUAAUAGCCAGAGUGGGAAGUCAUGCAAGUUUAGUCUUGCGGUCACAGCUCCCAUCUUGUGUAGCUCUUUAACACGAUCAGCUCAUAAAUUUGACCCUUCUGGGAUGGCUCAUAUUUUAUUGGUCAAAUCCUAUAAAUGAAUUAAGAAAGGAAAAGUAUUGCCUUUGCUUAUGAAAUGAGUCUUACCCUCCGAUACCUGAAGACUUUAGCAGAUUGUUUCACGCAUAGCUUUUGUCAGCUUUUUGCUUUGUAUGUAUGCAGAUGUGCAGGUUGUUAGCCCUGUAAACAGCAGUUUAUGUCCUUCUGUGUGCCCAGGCUUGGUUAUUUGUGAGUGAUUCUGUGUAGUUACUGUUGCUGAAUCUGUGUAGUGACUCAAAGAUGAAUGCAUGCCUUAUUUGGUAACUGAGGUCUAGCAUCCACUGAUUUUGUACAAUUUCAUAGUUGCACUGUUUAAAUAGAUGUUCCUGGAAAAUCUAUAUAGGAGAAAACCAUAAAAUAUUUUAAAGAAAGGAA